AUGAAAUCGCUGGCAGCUCUCCCACUGGAUCUGUCGCCCGCUUUCGACCACCACGAGGUCCAUUUCCUUCCUGGCCACAACGACUCGGCUCCCAUCAACUUUAAGCAGUACGCUGGUCGGCUGGCCCUGCCUCUUGCCGGCCAAGAACUCUUUUACUGGCUUGUCGAGUCCCAGCACGAUCCUGCAAACGAUCCGAUCGUGCUGUGGCUCAACGGCGGCCCCGGGUGCUCGUCCCUCGGAGGAUUCUUCACGGAGCUCGGGCCGUUCGUCGUCCAAUCUGACUUAACGGUGAAACGCAACAAGUAUGCCUGGAACCGCCAUGCCAACAUGGUGUUCCUCGAAGCUCCGGCUGGCGUCGGGUUCAGCCGGCCUCUGCUACACGCAGCCGACUACAACGACAACACGACGGCCGCCAACACCCACGAGUUCCUCCGCGUCUUCUUCGACACGUACUCGACGUACCAGGGCCGUCCAUUUUACAUUGCGGGCGAGAGCUACGCAGGUCGGUACAUUCCGUUCCUCGUCACGAAGCUGCUAACCACGCCCCUGCCGCACGUCAACCUGCGCGGGUUCCUCGUUGGGAAUCCGUCGACCAACUACUUGAUCGACCACAACUCGUACGUCGACUAUUACUACACGCACGGCCUCAUCUCGCUGGAAAACUACGAGGCCGUCAACGCCGCGUGCGGGCGCGACGUCGGGCGGUGCGUUGUAUCGACCGCCAACUGCACGGCCGCGUGCGAACACGCGCUGCAAGAUGGCAUCCUCGCCAUGGACAAACCAGCGCUCAACCGGUACUAUAUUUAUGGCGACGUAUGCUUGAUGAACAUAUCCGAAGUAUAUCCAUUCAAGUACCGCAAUCUGCGCCCGCUGCCGAGCCCGUUGGUGGAUGUUGCCACGACGCCAUGUACAAACGCCUUCACCGAGGAGUACCUACAACAACCUGCCGUCCAAGCAGUGCUCCAUCUUAGCCAAACCGAUCCUACCGUCUGGCGAAGCUGCAGCAAUGCCAUCGGGCAUCAAUACGCUCGAAGCAUCUCGUCCAUGGAGCUGUACCCGCCGAUCCUUGCCCACGGCAUCCAGGUGCUCGUCUACAGCGGCGAUGCCGACAUGGUGGUCAACUUUAUGGGCACCCAGCGGUGGAUAUCGUCGUGGGGGCUCCAAUUGAAAGUCGUGUCCAAGUGGCAGGCCUGGUUUGGCCCGGACAACCAGUUGGCCGGGUACACGGAGGAGUACGCCGGCGGCCUCACGUUCAAGACGGUCAAGGGAGCGGGGCACAUGGUCCCUGCCGAUCAACCUUUGCAUGCCGUGUACAUGUUUGAGUGUUUUUUGUUUGGCCACGACGUUUGCGGCAACUUCACGUACCCUCCUACACGAGCGGAGUGUUUGAGCGGUGAAGACUUGGAUAUUGCACGGAUGACAAGCGCCUCGACGGCGGAGCAGCGGAGUCAGUCAGCCUGUGGAACCAUUGUUGGAGUUUCCAUGGCAGUCUCUGCUGCGCGAAAGGCGCGUCUCAAUCGCCGUAAGGCGUGCUACGCGACGUUGUAG